AUUGUGAAACGCGAUAUUCGUCAACUGGAACAGCCCGCCAUUUUUGGAAAACUUUGAUGUUUGAGAACUAAGUCUUAAUAUCUCAGUUUACAAAUGAACUGACCAUAAAAACAAAUGUUCCGCAAAUGAAGACUACCUUCAAGCUCCCGGAAGAUAUUUGAAAACUGUUAUUGGCUUGGUUUUCAGCCAUCUCGCCUAUUUAUUUGUUGCUGGUGAACUAAAUCAAAAUGUUUUAUGCCAACUUUAUUCUGGCCAAAAAGGGCCCUUUGGCAAAAAUUUGGCUCGCUGCACAUUGGGAAAAGAAGCUUAGUAAGGCUCAUGUCUUUGAAACUGAUUUACAAAGCUCUGUGGAGAGCAUCAUUGCGCCAAAGGUCAAAAUUGCCUUGCGGACAUCUGGUCAUCUUCUGCUAGGGGUAGUGAGAAUCUACUCAAGAAAAGCAAAAUAUCUGUUGGCAGAUUGCACAGAAGCUUUAAUAAAAAUCAAAAUGGCAUUUAGACCAGGACUUGUUGACCUUCCUGAAGACAGCCGUGAAGCCCAAGUUGCUGCUAUUACUCUUCCAGAGAUCCAAGAAUGGGAUGCUAUUGUUAAUGAUUUAAAUAACUUUGAUAUACAAGCACAAAUAAAUCGUAACCAAAGCAGAGUUGAAGAGAUCACCAUGAAGGAAGAUCUUGUUAGCACAAAUUUUAUCACCGAUGACAACUUCUUUGGUGACACGCCAUUUGGUGAGACAAACGAAAAAGAAAUCCUUCGAUCCGGUUCGGCUUUAGAUGAAUCUGUGUACAAAGAAAGUGAUGCAUCAAAAAUUACCAUUGAAGAUGAAAGAGAUGAAACUGGGGACAAGUUAUCUGCAAGUAAAAGUGUUUUGGAUAUAGCUCUUGAUGAACCAAUCAGGGAUGAUGGCUUUGGUGGUGAUGCUUUUGGUGGAGAAGGUAUGGACUUGUUCGAUGGAUUUGGUGCAGGCGAGGGAAUAGUUCCUGGAUUUGAGGAGCUAGGUGGUGAGGCAGCACCUGUGUUAGAGGAAGAGCCAUUGGCCCAUGACGUCACUCUUGAGCCUCUGGAUAUAACACUUUCAAAAGAUGAUGAAAAGGAAAAAGAAGCAACAGAGGAGGAAAAUGCAGAAGCUGAAGUUCUUGUGGAAACAGUAAAUGAAACGACUCUACUUCCAAAUGACCAAGAAGCAUUUGCCCUUGAGCCAAUUGAGGUUACUGUUGGGAAAGACAAAAGGAAGCGACGAAAAAGGAAGCUUGUUGUAGAUGACAAAAAGAAUUUGACUGGCGACCAGAUCAGAGCACAACUAAGUGAUACAUCUGAUAUUGUUCAGGCUGCAAAUGUUGCACCACCAACAAAACUGAGGAUGAGGCUGAAAGAUACUUCAACAGUAAAGUCCCUCUUCUCUCUUCCUGGUGUCGAGCUGCACUCUAACAAAUUGCUUGAAGCCUUCAGAAGGAAUUUGACCACUGAGGUCAAUGUUGAUGAUGCUCCCGAGUCAUCAUCGCAGGAGGAAGAACCGAUGGAAGUUGAUCAAGGCCAAAAUGAUGCUGUCAUUUCAAAUUAUCCAGGUGACGCUUCACUGAUUGAUGAGCUGCCUCCUAUCGACGACUUGCCUCCGAUUGAGGAUCUUGGGCCUGUUCCCGAAGCUGAGCAAGAUUUCGAGUUAAACUUGGAUGAAAACGACAUUGGCAACAAGGAAGAUGAGCAGGAGAUAUUGGAAGAGGCUGCAGUGGAGCAGGCUACUGAGGAGGAACAACGCGAUGGGGAGGAGCCAACAGCGAUGCUUGAUGAAGCACAGGAGCAGAAACGAUGGACUAAGAGGGCACAGCAAAUGUUGCAUACGCUAAACAAGGAACUAGCCAAAAAGAAACAGGCUGAGUUUAAGAAUUUGUCUAAGAAGUGCAACCGAAAGCAAGCUGCAUACAAAUUCUAUACACUGCUUAUUUUGAACAAAGAAAAGGCAAUCAAAAUUAGCGAAGACGAUUUAUAUGGUAAAAUCAUGGUAGAAAAAGCAGACAAAUUUGAUGAAAGUUUUUAGUUUGCGUAAAUUAACCCGUUUUAAGUAGCGUAUCUUUAAGGAUUUUAUUUCAAUCCACCAAGAGCCACUAUUGGCCCAGAAAUAGUACCAGUCUUCCAAGUGCACACCGAGGAACAGAAAUUGACAAUUUCGGCUCUUUUGACAGGCACGUAUGGAUAAUUGAUGGUUAUUGCAUCAGGUCAUUUGUCUCUCUACCCGUUUAAGAUAGGUGUAUUACGUACUAAGACAUUUUAUAGAAACUCUUAUCUUAACAAUGAAGGUCAUCUAAAUGGCAGCUUUCGCUGAUGUGGACAGGCCCUGCAGCUGCCUUGAAUAUUAUAGACGUCUCUUUGUGGGUAGCAUUCAGGUGGAUAAACCCCUUAGCUAAUAUCCAAAGUGACUGGAAAUCGUUUUAUAGGAAACACAUUAGCCAGUAUGAUUGGUCGGCAAACAUAACUCCCUGAUCUCAUAGAUAUUUGCCGUGCUCCAAACUUAAAUUCACAUUGUACAAAUUUUAGGAUCUACGGAGGUCCUAGAAUGAUAAUCGCGUCUAAGCACCAAUCUUUUUUGUUCAAACUAUUAAGAACGACUUCUCGUUUCCUACAGCCCAGUUUAUUAGCUGAAGUCAGGCCUAGCUGUCUAUUUGUACAAAGUUUCCAAAGCGCAAAAAGCUUAAGUUGAAUGAUAUAACCCUAGUUUUAACCGACACUUGUAAUUUCAAACGAAACGAAAUGGAUUCAUUUUAACCCUUCUAUUUAAUUAAUCACCAAAUAUUGGGUAUGUGCUAGUUUGAAUUUUAAAGAAAAAUUUUGAUAAAUGGACGGCUUAGGCUAAAAUAGUAGGCCAAGUUGGUAUACUGUACCCAUGGAAGCGCUAUCUGAUGAUAGCAAAGAUUGCCUCUGGAUUUUCAACCUUUCUUUUGAUAGGUUUUCCUGAUAACUUAAAAAAUGAUUCUUCCCUCUUGUUAAAGCGAGCAAGGCACUUAUAAUUUGCAAUAUAAGUUGUAUUUUCCUUUUGCUGAGUUAUCCAAAGCACUGACUCACAAUGUUAUCCAUCUUAAACCUUAACCAUAGUUAAUAUUUUAAAUUUUCAUUUGAUGUUUUUGAAUAAUUAUUGAUUAAGCAGGUGUCUUUUUAACUAACUAUCUUCUUUUUGGGCUGAUUGCCUGUUUUAUCUUCAAAGUAGAUCUGUGAUUCUUAUUCUGCUUCUUUCCUGUUUUCUUUAAGUCGUUUUAAGUCUGUAAAUAUAAUUUCAAGGCUAGACAUGAACUGUAUCAUACUAAACAUCUAGUUCGUGGUAUUUUAACUAAUUAUGUGUCAUUUCAAUGUUUUCUGUGGCUUUUUAUGUGAAUCUGUGGCAUAGUUAUUUUGAGUUUAUUGUUUUUAUUGAAGGUUGUUCAUUUA